UGACAAUGCCGGUGAACGCGCUGCCCCGCGGCGGCAGCAGCGGCAUCAGCGGCCCGGGCUCCCUCAGCCCCGCGUCGCUGUCCCGCAGCCUGUCCCGGCUCAGGGAGUACCGGACCCGGACGAGGAUCAUGCUGGCUCUAGGGGUGUCUCAGAUGGUUCUUGGGAGUCUCAUCCUGGCCGUCAGCUUCGCGGCUCUGGCGCUCACCACAUCUCCCAGAGUCCGGCACUCGUGUCCCUUCUGGGCUGGUUUCUCUGUGCUGCUCUCUGGACUGAUCGGAGUGGUUUCAUGGAAGAGGCCGCUCUCUCUUGUGAUCACAUUCUUCAUGCUGCUGUCAGCUGUGUGUGUGAUGCUCAACCUGGCGGGCUCCAUCCUCUCCUGCCAGAACGCUCAGCUGGUCAACUCUCUGGAGGACUGUCAACUGGAGCUGCUGUUCAGCGUAUGUGCCCUUAACGUCAUCUCCACCAUCGUGUGUGCUCUCGCCACCGCCAUGUGCUGUAUGCAGAUGGUCUCGACUGAUGUGCUGCAGAUGUUUAUGCCGCAUAGAGCGCGGGCUCUGAAUGCUGACUGUAUGACCCCCCAUGGAACCAUCCUCCACCAAACACUGGACUUUGAUGAGUUUAUUCCUCCCAUCCCCCCACCGCCAUACUACCCCCCAGAGUAUACCUGCACCCCCUCAAUGGAUGGACAGAGAGGCCUGCACCUGGACUUUCCUCAUUCUCCCUUCAGUGCCAUCUACGGGGUGCCCAUCAACAGCCCGGGGACUCUGUAUCCAACUGACCUGCCGCCUCCAUAUGAGUCUGUGGUGGGGCAGACUCCUGCCAGUCAGGUCACCACCAGUAUCGAGCAGCAAGCCACUGAAUCCAGUCUGUGUGAGAGAAACACGACUGCAGGACUCAGCACUCAGGCCUCAGUGGACAGUGCAUCACUGAUGGUGUCAGAGGUGGCUGAUCCGGACCAGACUUGCUCCUCAGAGGACUUGUGCUCCCUGGAGGUCCAAGGCUCCGACUCCUCUCCCUACGGCACACCCCACACUGCCCCCAUUGACGGGAGCUGCACCAGCCUGGAACUUUGUACACGUGGCCAUCGUAGCCAGCGUAACACUGACGCUCGCCCCAGUGACACAGGUUACAGUGAGUCCUCACACACCCAGGAGUCCCUGGAGCGCUCUCCGGACUGGUCCUCAGAAAACUAUAGUAAUCUGGACCAGGAGGAUUCCACAGACAGCACACAUGCAUGUGAGGAACUCAGGGCUGCAAUGCACAUAUGUGACGAGCUUGCGUCAGCCAAACAUUUACCAGAGGAGCCACCUAAAGCGUCAACACACUCCCUCAUUAAGGCAAGAAUGAUGAGCCGGAAGCUCACACUCCCUGUCACCAUCCCCCCGCCACCUCAGCCUUGCUCCCCCACCUCCGUGGCCUCCUCUGGAGGGACUUCAGCCAUCAGUCCCAUGGCUCCCUCUCCUUCCCCUUCCCCUCCGAGCAGGCCACGCGGCCCCAGGCUGUGUUUCAGUGUUUGGUCACCAUCCUCCACAUCGCAACCCCCCUCUACCUCAGCGCAAAGUGGCUACUCGCCCUCAGAGAGGCCUCGGGUGCUCCGAGCAGCCAGGAGGUACCGUAAGCUGGCACGCAUAGUCCGUUCCACCAGUGAUCCCAUCUCCUGCUCCACUACAACAGGAAGAGAAAAUUGUGGCUGCGCCUCUGCAAACAAUCCUGCUGAAGACUCAACUCAUGCAUCACCAGAGCAAGAGCCAACGGAUGUUACAACAGGCGUAGUCGGAGCUAAACCCAGUCACAUAAGUGUCAGGAAGCAGCAAAAGGAGGGCAGGAAAGUUGACAUCCACCUUAAACCCCGUGCCCUGCACACGCACUCCGCCCAUGAACGCCCACACUCCCUGGCUGACUUUAAGAUGUACAAAGACACCAAAGUUCUGGUGGCAAAGUUCCUGGAGCAUUCGAGCUGCAGUCUACCUCCUGAAGUCCAGCAGGUUGUCAACAACAUCAAGUGUGUUAUCAAGUCAGAUGAGAAACACAUGGAGGAGGCAAUUUUUAGUGCCAAUGUCAUAGAUCAGGUGAUGACCCAGCGCAUCAUGGGCAGUCCCAGGAAGCGUGGCCACGAGGAUCUUCACCUUCAGAGCUGCGGUGCUUUGAGUUCGUCCCCUUCCAUGCGCCGUCCAAAACACCUCCCACAAACAACCAGCGCCUCCACCAACCCACUGGACUCCCCCUCCUCUGAACAAAGCCUUGAGUGCAAAGAAACUAUUCUCUGACCACUCUCACAACAAGGACUCGGGUCAAAACUCUGAGGGCAUUUCAGCGCGCAGGUGUUGCAGCCACGCUGUGCUGUGCAGCAGAUGUCUGUAGAGUUAUGAAUAACUCUUCUAGCAUUGAAGGAUCAUUUAUUUUCACAGUGUGACUGCAGCACAGGCGGACUGAAAUGGCCUCAUACUGUAUCUCCUAGUGCCCUGUGAGACCGUGCCAAGUCAU